AUGGGUAAAAGGAAACAGAAGGAGCCGCAACAAACCCCUAAAAACGACACCGUCUCAGCCCCUUCCAGCGUUUUCGAUGUUAUCUUCGGCAACGCGCCGGAACAGAUAACCGGCGCCGCCGCUUCUCUUUUUUCCGAUGAUAAUCCCUUUAAGAGAAAGCCUCCACAACCUACUCUCAUUGCUGACGUUGUCGAUUACACUCCAAACCCCGAAAACGGCGUUGUAGAUGAGAAGAAGAGAAAGAGGAACAAAGAGAAAAGCCCCGUGCUUGAUUCAAAAUCUGCAAUCGAAGUUUCGGAGAAGAAGACAAAGAAGAGAAGUGGUUUGAACGAGAAGGAAGGGGAAGAGAAAGAGCUUGUUUUGGAUGUAGAAGCGACUGGGAAGAAGAAGAAGAGGAAAAGGGAUGAGGUUGAGAAAGAGUGGGAGGAGAAGAAGUAUGGCAUUGUUGAGGGAGGAGAUGAAGAUGAAAGGGAAGGGUUUAAGGAUGAAAAAGUUGGGAGCAAGAGAAAAGUGCGAGACAAUCCAGCAGAUAUGAUGGUUUCAAAGGAAGGUUUUGAUGAUGAAGAUAAGCUUUUGAGGACUAUUUUUGUUGGAAAUUUGCCUCUGAAGGUGAAAAAGAAGACUUUGUUGAAGGAGUUUAAGAAAUUUGGUGAAGUUGAAUCUGUUAGGAUUCGCUCUGUUCCUUUACAAGAUACUAAAAAGCCUAGAAAGGGGGCCAUCCUUGCGAAGAAGAUCAAUGAAUCAGCUGAAAGUGUUAAUGCUUACAUUGUUUUCAAAACUGAGGAAUCUGCUCAGGCUUCAUUGUCUCACAACAUGACAAUGGUUGAAGGAAACCACAUUCGUGUUGACAGGGCAUGCCCGCCUCGCAAGAAACUUAAAGGGGAUAGUUCUCAGCUUUAUGAUAGUAAGAGAACUGUUUUUGUGGGUAAUCUCCCAUUUGAUGUAAAGGAUGAAGAACUUUAUCAGCUAUUUGGUGGUAUACCCAAUCUAGAAUCAAGUGUAGAAGCUAUAAGAGUUGUUCGUGAUCCUCAUCUUAAUGUUGGAAAGGGAAUUGCUUAUGUACUAUUUAAAACAAGGGAAGCUGCCAAUUCCGUUGUUAAUAAACGAUCCUUGAAUCUUCGAGAUCGAGCAUUGAGACUCAGUCGUGCCAACGCAAAUGCUAGUACUACCCCAUCUAAAAGGCCAUACUCUCCAGCAGCACGACCCAGUCAUGGCAAACCAGAUGCUACUCCAUCUAAAAGGCCAUACACUCCAGCAGCACAAGCUCAUAGUACUCCUGCAAAGAAGUUUUCAGCUGCUUCAAAGUCUCCUUCAAGCAAUAAAAACGGGUCAAACAGAAAAGCGACUGCAUCUUAUCAGGGUCUGCGGGCAACCAAAUCUGAUGUCCACAAGAAAAGUCAUGGUGGAGAAAAACCAAAAGAGCGCACAAAGAAAAGACCGACAGUGGCUGCCAGAAAGGCUAAAGCUAAAGUGCAGCAGGAGGGUGGUACACCCAAACAAGCAGGGUCAAAAGGUACCCCAAAACAAGCAGGGUCAAAAGGUACACCAAAACAAGCAGGGUCAAAAGGUACACCAAAACAAGCAGGGUCAAAACGCAAGUUUGAUAGUCGUACUCCUGACAGUUCUGGACGAGUUAUGAAAGCUCAAAAGAAGCGGUAG